AUGCAAACGUACAUGGAGGAUGGAUACGUGGUGUUGGAUGGAUUGCUGACCCCGCGGGAGUGUGAUGAGCUCCGGCAGAGAAUGGCAGACAUUGUGGAGCACAUGGACGUCCCGGAGCACUGCCGCACCACCUUCUCCACGUACCACGACGAGCAACUCAAAACACAGGGGAAUGCAGACUACUUCAUCACCAGCGGAGACAAGAUUCGAUUCUUCUUUGAAAAGGGAGUUUUCGACGACAAAGGAGAGUUCAUCGUCCCCAGGCAGAGGUCUCUCAAUAAAGUAGGACACGCCCUGCAUGCCUAUGAGCCUCUGUUUAAAAGAGUAACACAUUCACCACAGAUCCAGGGUAUAGCAAAGAAAUUAGGCCUAACUCUCCCUGUCAUUCUACAAAGCAUGUACAUCUUUAAGCAACCCGGAAACGGAGGAGAAGUGACACCUCAUCAAGACGCCACGUUCCUGUACACGGAACCACUGGGCAGAGUCGUCGGGGUGUGGAUCGCUUUAGAGGACGCCACGGUGGAUAACGGCUGCCUCUGGUUCAUCCCAGGGUCGCAAAACAACGGUAUAACUCGGCGCAUGGUGCGGACUCCAAAAGGCACUUAUCCACUCACCAACUUCAUCGGCCGAGAACAGACGUAUGAAGACGACAAGUUUGUGCCUGCACCAGUUAAGAAAGGUGGCGUUGUCCUAAUCCACGGAGAAGUGGUCCACCGCAGCGACGAAAACAAAUCAGAGAGUUCCCGUCACGUCUAUACUUUCCACAUGAUGGAGUUGCAGCAAACUCAAUGGAGCCCUGAGAACUGGUUGCAGCCGACCGAGGACCUCCCCUUCCCAAAACUUUACACCAAAUAA